CGGGCUGUUGCGACAGCGAAGGCCUGCAGCCCCCGCGAUGCAACCGCGCGCUCCUUGACUCUGAACUCCCGUUGCCGGCGCGGCGAUCUGGGCGCAAACCUUGAAACAAAGAGAGCGAGCAUCGGGCCGCCCCGUGCGCUGCACCGUCUCCUGCCAGGGAGAGGCAGCAUCCGACACUUCCUUCAUUGUGGAAAGCUAGGCUGAGAACCUGAUGAUGUUUUGAGUCCAGCGGAUGCCUGUCUGGACCCUCUGCUCUUCUGGCUUAUCCUCUCAAGUAAUGGAGAAGGAUCCUGGGCUGCAGCUGCGAAUCUUUGACCUCAAUUGCUGGGCCAUUCGCUACCUGAGUAAAUUACGGCAGAAGCGCAUUGAACUGAUUGGUGAUGUCCUCAGCAAGGAGGGAUUUGACCUGGCCCUCUUACAGGAGGUAUGGAGUGAGAAAGAUUAUGGGGAGCUGAAAAAUAAACUGUCUGCCUGCUACCCUUCAUCCCACUAUUUUAAAAGUGGGAUGAUUGGCAGCGGGCUCUGCGUCUUCUCCAGACACCAAAUCCUGGACACGUUCCUGUACCAAUACUCUGUGAACGGCUACCCUUACAUGUUCCAGCAUGGAGAUUGGUUUACUGGCAAAUCAGUGGGGCUCGUGGUGCUAAAGAUCCAUGGCAUUAUUUUCAAUGUCUACGUGACUCAUCUCCAUGCGGAAUACUGUAGGGAGAAGGAUAUUUACCUGCCCCAUCGAGUAGUUCAGGCCUGGGAGCUUUGCCAGUUUAUACAGCACACGUCAAAAGGCGCCGAUGUGGUACUGCUUGGUGGGGAUCUGAACAUGCACCCAGAAGAUGUUGGCAUUCGGCUCUUGCGAAGUUGGGCUGGCCUCCAGGACUCCUUCAUUGCCGCCGAGAGGGUUGAGGGCUGCGAGGAGGGCUGCACUCUGGUGCCGGCCAACUGCUUCACGAGCAAGAAAGAACUGCGGUGUUAUCCCAAAGGCAUUCGUAUUGACUACAUCCUUUAUAAGGGUAUGUCUCAGUAUGAAAUAAAAUGUAAGAGUCACGAGACGACCAUGGGAACUUCUCCAAACAAGGACCUUCCUUACUCCGACCAUGAAGUUGUCAUGGCCACGCUCUCUGUGGAUAAAAGACCAUCUGCCAAGGAUCUGAACCACCCCAGAGUUGAGCCAGCACUGGUGGACAUCUUGAACGAGGCCCGGAUGGAGGUGCGGGUGGGGCUGCACUCCGCGCAACUCCGGCAGCAUUCCUGCACGCGCAUGGCCCUCCUGGCUUGGCUCCUGCUGCUGCUCCAAGGAGCCAUGGGCCUGAGCUCCCUCUGUGGGGGGGCCCUGCAGCCGCCCUUCCCCAGGCUCUCCUUCUCUCUGCUUGGGCUGCUGGCAGUGGUGGUGCUGCUCAUCUCGGCCAUGUUCUACCUGUUCCACACCAUCGAAGUGAGGGUGCUGCAGAGGACAGAGGAGCAAAUGCGGGUGGGGCUGCAGACGCUGCAGGACAAGCUCAGCGCCCAGUGAAGCUUUGGUACAGCUGCCAGAACUCAGACAGGGACAGAAAAACUUUUGCUGAGAGUGAGAGCAGCGGCUCCUCUUUGCUGCUAGGUUCUAAGGAUGAAUAGUUUUAUGUGUAAUCACACUCUGAUACUUUGAUACUGUAAAGCUGGGAUUUAGAAUUUUUUAAAUCUGGAUUUUAGAGCAACUUAGCUUUCCAUUGAUGGUUCUGCUAAAAAAAAAUUGUAGCAUAAAGACAGUUGCACAGGAGGGAAUUUCGAGACUAGUGGAAUUUACAUGUCACCCACUUCUGUAUGUUUGGAAACCAGCUUUAAAAAAAACCCAAUAAAACCGUUACACUGCUCUAAUGGUA